CAGACCGUUAGUUAAUUCCUCCCUCUUCCUGUCAGCAGUCCUUCCGGUUUGACCGCCAUCAUAGACAGCAGACAUGGCUAUCCGCUACCCGAUGGCCGUCGGCCUUAAUAAGGGCCACCCAGUUACCAAGAACGUGACCGCUCCAAAGCACAGCCGCAGGCGCGGGCGUUUGACCAAACACAGCAAGUUUGUUCGUGACAUGAUCCGAGAAGUGUGCGGCUUUGCUCCGUAUGAGAGGCGAGCCAUGGAGCUGCUGAAGGUCUCCAAGGACAAGAGGGCUCUGAAGUUCAUCAAGAAGAGGAUCGGCACACACAUCCGGGCCAAGAGGAAGAGGGAGGAGCUGAGCAACGUCCUGGCAGCCAUGAGGAAGGCUGCUGCCAAGAAAGAGUAGACUGGCCCCUAAUAAAGCUUGUUUGGUCAAA